UUGAAUACAAAUGUGAACAUAAAUAUCAAGUCAUUUGAGUAUAGCGGAGCAUUCGCCACAAACUUAUACAUCUUGAUUUAUAUGGUGCUUUCCUUUCACAACUGCUGCAGCUGUAACAAAACACUUUACCGGGAAAAGCAAAAUAUAUACAGGUAUGUUUUUUGUUUUGAUUGCGAUUCUUUCCGUGUGAACACAAUUGUUAAACUGUCACACAGUUCAAAUGACAAGUCACGAUUUUGGCCACCACGAGGCUUAGAGUGCACCUUAAGCCUCGGGAGUUGAACUUUGGUGAACCACUUGGCCGAUUGGCUGGCUGGAAAUGGAAAGCUUCAAAAGUUCAGAAGGCUUCAUCUACUCGUCAAUACAUCACAAGUCAGCUUUUAAAGCCGUUGAGGCUCCGAGCUACCAAUUUUCAGCCACCAGUCCACGCUCGUUGCCACCAAAAUGGAAACACCUGCAGCAGACACAAACCGAAAACUCUCACGACUUCGGUCGUAACAACAGGAUUACAAGUGUCCUUCCCAGUGUUCCUUUUCGAAAUAUUUAUUGCUACCUUGCAGCUCUGUAGUAUCCUCCCUUCUUCCUUCUUGUUGCCUGCUAAUUUGUACAGCUGCCUGAGUGGCUCCAUCCACCACGGGAAGUUGCACCCCUGAAGGUAAGACACAAUUUCAAGUGAUCCCAUCUUAUCUGUAUGUCUGUCGUUUUUCUUUCUUUUUUUUUAAAGUAUAAUUGUUAUUGAUAUUAAUCACAUUUUUUCAGAGAAGUCAUUUUGUCCUGAAAAUUUCAGCGGAAUUUAACUUGUUUCAGUGUUGCUCCUGUAUGGCUUCAAGGUUUGGCAAAACGAGAGCUGGAAUGAAGCAGGAGUUUUCAGGCUCUUCGUUGAGAGACCUCAGCCCUGAGAGUAAAAUCACUCGCAGCAUCCCCUCACGGGAAUACCCUGAUCAAGCAGAUUCGCUCAGAGAGCAACUGAAAGAGACGGAUGAGCAUGUGGCCAGACUUCAAGACAUGCUGAAGUGUGAACGGGCAAAAAGUGCCCGUUUGCAGCUGAGGGUCAACCAGCAUGAAGCAGAGCUGAGACGCAAAGAGCAGCAAAACAACAGAAUGAAAGAACGACUUACUCAGUUGUCUGAUAGAAACCAGGAAAAGGGACCCUCCAUUGAGGUACUGAACUUUCCAACGUCGGGUCGAGGCAAAAAUGUGAAGUCAAUCAAAUCACCUCAGUCCACUACAAGGCGAGAGGAGGCAGCCCUGCAUCUGAUGUUGGAGCGCAGAGAAGCGGAGCUCCGGGAAGCAAUGAAGCUGCGACACAGCCUCACCACCUUACUACAUGCCAUCAGAGUUGACAUGGAGCAAACUUUGUCAAACUCUGAAGACAUUGUGGUCGGAUCCCCAAAUGAAGACAAAAGGUUAACUCGCGCUGAGGCGGCGCUGGGUGACCAUGUGACAGGAGGUGUGGUUCAGAGUUGGAAAUGUGUGCAGCGAAGGCUGGUUGACCUUCAAGGCCACAGAGGCGAUGGCACUGACCAUGACAAACUCUUGGCUCAGUUUCAAUUGGAACUGAAGCAGAGUCACCAAAUUGUCAAACUACAACAACAAAUGCUGCAGGACAGCCUUCUAUCAUCCCUCCCAUCUGAGCUGACUGAUUCUUAUUUUUUGGAAGAACGGGAGCGUCUCCAAGUGCAAUGGGCGGAGUUCAAACAACAGAGACGGACUUUCGAAAGGGAGAGACAGUCCUUCACUGAGGCCGCCAUACGCUUAAGUCGUGAGCGUCAGGACUUUGAGAAUGAGAAGGGCUCUCUUUUGAAGCAGCAGUAUUUACGUGAUGCUCCAUUGUGUAGUAAAAGAGCAUCGAGUGACAAAACUGACUGCACACACGGUUUGGAGCCCGAUGGCAUAUCUGGCUGUGUUCCCAUUUCUCCAUCGUCCACCAAAUCCAGCCCCCUGACUGUUUCAGGGUGCCGUUUGGGAAGAGUCGGAGUCGGAACACCCAGUACCCCCGAGCUCUAUGCUGCCCUGAGUUUGUCAUACAACCACAGAGCCGAAGAGGGAGCAAUCCACUCGGAGAGAUGGUGUCGUGGAAUAGAUGGGAUGUACCCAGCUGCACCUUUGGAUCAGUCAUUUUGAGGCAAUUGAGUUCCAAAGCCAUUUUUAAAAACAUGCACUUUCUUUAAAUAAUAAAAGUUAAGUAUUUUCUUGAACUCUUCAUUUUAUUAA